AUGGGAGAAGGACUGCAGACCAAGGACGUGGUGGUGAGGUGGGGCCUCGGGCUCUCGUGCCUGGCGAUCGAGGUGGCCAUCGUGGUCAUCGUUAUCGACGCCUGCGUGCGCGUCAUUGGCGCCGACCAGCUAUUCUUCUGGCACCCGGUGCUCCUCACCAUCGGCGCCAUCCUCUUCCUUUCGCACGGCGUGCGAGUGUACACGGCGUUUGCCGGUCUGUCGCGUAACAAGGCGCGGGUGGUGCACGGCAUCCUGUCGGGCGUGUGGGUGUGUCUCUCCAUCGCCGGCCUGGGCAUCAUCGAGCAGGUCAAGCAGGAAACCGGCAAACCCCGCUACCACUCAGUGCACGGGAGGUUGGGCCUGGCGGUCAUGUUCUUUUCGCUGAUACAGGGCGUCGCGGGUACGCUCAAGCUGUUCGUCCUCUUCAAGAACAACCAGCGUUUCCUGCGGUGGCAUGGCCGGCUGGGCACCCUCGUCUACGCGAGCGCCCUCACCGCUUUCCUCACCGGCGUGAUGCAAAAGUUCGAGUCCAGCGAACAGAACACGGCGAUUACGGUGUACGUGCUGACGUUCGUGUUGGCCCUGGUGGUGCUCUUCUUCGAUUUCUGGGUCAAGGGCGCCGAUCUCAUUCCCGAGGCCGGCCCGGCACCGCGGGACUCCAUCAAGCUGACGGCCCAGGACGGUCGCCUCUACCUCCCCCUCAACGACUCCGACCCAGCCCAGCGACGGCGCUCGGUCAACCUCGUAGACGCCUAA